UGUGAGUUUCCAUGACUUGGUUUUCUUGGUUUUGGGGCUUUGAAGGGAUUAGUCAAAAGGGAGCAAAGUAACCAGUGAAUCACGGAGAUUGCUGAUAAGGUUUAUGCUGCUUCCACCAUGCUCUCCGGGAAACCAGCUGGAGCGUCGCUUCUUCUCUUGUAUUUUCUCCUUUACAUAGCCGAAUCGUACCCCAACAUUGAUUCCUCAAGCAUGGGCUGCGAGGAAUGCAAGCUAAGGUUGAACAAGUCUUUUUCAAGGGAUCGCCCGAUUUAUCAGUGUAUGGGCUGCUGCUACUCCAGAGCGUACCCCACACCCCUUGGGUCCAUGAGGACCAUGAUGAUCCCAAAGAACAUCACCUCAGAGGCGACGUGCUGUGUUGCGAAGCACAGCUAUGAGAUAAAGUUUGGUGACAUAACGCUGAGGAAUCACACAGAAUGCCACUGCAGCACCUGCUAUUUCCACAAAAUAUGAGAGACUUGACGGCUCCCUGCCGCGCUCAACUUUGGCAUCACCUCGUGUUUCUUUCAAAGCGUACGCGUUCCCUCCAUUCUAAAACCUGCUUUUGGCGUUGGCUGGUAGUAUUUUUUGGGUAGAGAUUCAGUGUUUGUGAUGAGCUUUCAUGUUGGUGUGAAUAAAUGUACUWAAAUAACUGUGUAAUUAAAAUGUGCACCAAGA